CGGAAGUUCAAACGUCUGUCAAUGACACCGGAAGUAAAUAAAUAUUUGACCUUUUCAGCCGCCAUCAAAAAAAGCAUUCAAGAUGGUUCGAAUGAAUGUACUGGCCGAUGCUCUCAAUAACAUUACUAUGGCAGAGAAACGUGGCAAACGACAGGUCUUGAUUAGGCCGUCUUCCAAAGUCAUCAUUCGGUUUUUGUCGGUGAUGAUGAAACAUGGUUAUAUUGGUGAAUUUGAGAUAGUUGACGAUCAUCGAGGAAACAAGAUCGUUGUCAAUCUUACUGGCAGGUUAAACAAGUGUGGUGUAAUCAGUCCUAGGUUUGACAUAUCUAUUCGUGAUAUGGAAAGAUGGACAACAAAUCUCCUGCCCUCUAGACAGUUUGGUUUCAUUGUGUUAACAACUUCUGGUGGUAUCAUGGACCAUGAAGAAGCGAGAAGGAAACACUUAGGAGGGAAGAUUCUUGGAUUCUUUUUCUGAUAAAUGUGACAAAAAGAGACAAGAGAAUGGGAUGUGUCAACUGAUGUUGAUUCAUGGCCUUUCAAUAAAACCAGGCCAAAUAAAAAA